AUGGCCAAUAUAUCGGUUCCUACCUUAGGUUAUUAUAAAGUGCGGGGUAUGACUCAACCCAUACGCUUUUUGUUGAAGUAUGCGGGCGUAAAAUUCACCGACAAAUACUACGGCACGGGUGACGCCAAAAGUCUGGAUGAAUUUAGAGCUGAAUGGUAUAAAGUGAAAUUCACCCUGGGCCUCGACUUUCCCAACAUUCCCUACUAUAUGGAUGGUGCUGUGAAAAUAACCCAAAGCAAUGCCAUUAUGCGACACUUGGCCCGAAAGCACGGACUCGUGGCCACCGACGAGACCGGACUCGUACGCCAGGAUGUGUUGGAGCAACAGUUGGUGGACAUUAUGUGGAGCUUUGCGUUCAACUUUUCACCCGCGUUCAAUUAUUCAUUUGGUGAGGACUAUGAGACCCAAAAAGUCAAAUAUUUGGCCGAAACACUGCCCCAACAGUUGGACGCGUUGUCCCGGUUUUUGGGUACCCGUCAGUGGUUUACCGGUAAUCACAUUAAUUAUGUAGACUUCUUGGCGUACGAA